AGAUAUAUCUGUAUAACCUAAACCGUACAGCUCCAUUUACUAUAAACACUAUGAGAAUCUUGGUGUUACUCUCAACUGGGCUAGUUCUAACAUUCGCCCAAAAUUCCGCUCUUCUGCAAGAGUUUAUUGCCGGUAACCAACGUUUUACCGUCGAAUUGUACAAGGAAGUCAGGAAGGGAACCGAUGGCAACUUCUUGAUAAACCCCCUCUCGCUGCAGAUGAUUAUGUCACUGGCGCUGAUAGGAGAAUCGGACGAAGACUUCCGAAAGAUCUUCUCGACCCUACAGCGGCCCGAGGCCACUUUGGACGAAUCCAAGGAAAUGUUCACCCAGAUCGUUGCAAAUCUGGAUAAAACCGGCGAUUCUACUAUAGCCAGCGCAAAUAAGAUCUUCGUAAAAAAGGGGCUGGAAAUUGGCGAAGACCUUAAGGUUUCGGCCGUUAAUAAUUUCAAGUCGGAAAUUGAGGAAAUUAAUUUUCUCGCAAGAUCGUCAAUAUCCAAGAUAAAUCGGUGGGUCGGCCAGAACACGUUUGACGAAGGAGUGCAGAUGGUUACAGACAAAAGCUUCAGUAAGAAAACAAAGAGCGUGCUGGUAAAUCUCCAAUACUUCAAGGGUUACUGGCAGAAAAGCUUUCCAACGCGCGCAACCAAACCUGGACCGUUUUACGUGAGCGAAACUGUAACGAAACAGGUUGAAUUAAUGGAGGUCUUCACCAAUUUCAAGUAUGCGUACAACCACAGCUUAAGGGCCCAGUUCAUCGAGAUACCGCUUCGAGACUCGGACAUGUUCAUGACGGUGAUUUUACCGGAUGAUAAAUUUGGACUUCCACGGUUGGAGGAGAGAAUCGACGAACUCUUCUAUGAGCAGUUCUAUUACGGACCAAAAGUUCGAUUCGUACUACCGAAAUUUGAUAUAAAAGCCACUGCCCAACUCGACGACGCAUUAAGAAAUAUGGGGAUGGAAGGUGCGAUUGGUGAAAAUUCCGGAAAUCCAGAUGAUAACAAAUUUCAAGUCACCAACGUCUACCAAAAAGCCAUUAUCAUAGUUAGCGAAGACGGCCAGAUGCCACCAGCCAGACGAGGAAAAAUACAAGGUACGCCUCCGUGGGUACAAAUUGUGGUGAAUUUUGUUGCGGAUCAUCCAUUUUUGUUUUACUUGAAAUCGCCGGGAGCAGGAGUGUUCUUCAUUGGACGUUAUGUUUCACCUUAAUUUAAGUUUAGCUUAAAGUUUAGAGAAAAAGACUUGAUAUGUAAUGAAUCACUGUGUUAUGGUCCAUUUAUCGACCAUCUGAGUGGUCGCUAUAGCAUUAGAAAAGUAUUUCUGCGAAUUUGUCAACAUAGUGAAAUGUACCGCUUCAUAGCGAACGUGAACGGAAGUUUCGUUCUGUUCCGUUUAUACAGUUUUUGACGCUUAGUUGUCACAACUGAUAAUAAUAUGUAGAUAAAUUCGCUUUACUGAA